UGUGUUGAAAAAAUUGAAAGAAAAAAACAAGAUUUCCUUUUAUUUGUUUUAAAAAAAACAACGUUUUCUUGUACCGCAAACUGUUAAUAGCAGUAAUUAAAUACACACUCUCCCUUAAGAAACCCACAGCCAACAUUAAAUUGUAAAUAAGAAUAAUAACAGAUACAAGAUACAAAUAAAACGAACCACAAAAAAGUACAACGACAACAACAAUGAAACGCAGUAAGUGGAGCUUAAGCUCCUCUCAACAUUCUAUACUCUCAUGGUCUCUUAUGACAAUAUUGCUGCUAAAUAAUGGACCACAAUUGUCGUAUGGUCAUGGUCCCACCACAUUUAUGCCAGCCUUGGAAUGUUACGAUAAAUAUAAUAAACCUCAGAAAUGUAUGCCGGAAUUCAUAAAUGCUGCUUACCAAUUGCAAAUCGAAGCGACAAAUACUUGCGGCGAGCAGGGAGAAAAUCACUUUUGUGUUCAAACAAUGAAUUCCAACUACAAGAACUGCGAAUUUUGCAGAUGGGAAGAUCACAAUCCAUCAUAUUUAACAGAUUUGCAUGAUCCACAAAAUCCAUCAUGGUGGCAAUCGGAGACCAUGUAUGAAGGCAUACAACAUCCCAAUCAUGUGAAUUUAACACUGCAUUUACGCAAAUCUUUUGAUAUUACUUACGUGCGUCUAUUGUACCGUUCUCCCAGGCCAGAGUCGUUUGCCAUUUACAAACGUACUUGUGAGACCUGUCCCUGGAUACCCUAUCAAUAUUACAGUGCCACUUGUAGAGAUACUUACGCCUUACCCGACUCCAGAGCCAUACGCAAGGGUGAGGGUGAAGCCCAUGCUUUGUGUACCAGUGAGUACAGUGACAUUUCACCCUUGAGAGACGGUGAAAUUGCCUUCUCCACAUUGGAAGGUCGUCCUAGUGGUAUUAAUUUUGAACGCAGUACUGAACUGCAGGAAUGGGUAACUGCUACUGAUAUUCGUAUUACUCUUGAUCGUCUUAAUACUUUCGGUGAUGAACUGUUCGGUGAUGCUCAAGUCUUGAGAUCAUAUUUUUAUGCCAUUUCUGAUAUUGCUGUUGGUGCCCGCUGCAAGUGUAAUGGCCACGCUAGUAAAUGUGUGCCCAGUACUGGCAUGAAUGGUGAACGCAGACUGGUCUGUGAAUGUCGUCACAAUACGGAUGGUCCAGAUUGUGACAAAUGUCUGCCAUUGUACAAUGACGUCAAAUGGAAAAGGGCAACUUCUACGGAAGUCAACGAAUGCAAAGCCUGUAAUUGUAACGGUUAUGCCGACAAAUGUUUCUUCGAUGCUCAUCUCUACAAUAUGACCGGUCAUGGUGGUCACUGUUUGGAUUGUCGUGACAAUCGUGAUGGUCCCAAUUGUGAACGUUGUAAGGAGAAUUUCUAUAUGCGCGAAGACAGUUAUUGUAUCCAUUGUGGUUGUGAUCCUGUGGGUUCACGAUCUUUGCAGUGCAAUAGCCAGGGCAAGUGUCAAUGUAAACCUGGUGUUACUGGUGACAAGUGUGAUCGUUGUGAAGCUAAUUACUAUCAGUUUGGUCCACAUGGUUGUCAACCUUGUGGUUGUGAUCCUCGUGGCUCAUUUGGUAAUAUGCCAUCUUGUGAUGCCGAGACUGGUAUUUGUCAUUGCAAAGACAAUGUGGAGGGAAAACGUUGUAAUGAAUGUAAACCUGGCUUCUUUAAUCUAGAUAUGACAAAUCGUUUUGGUUGUACACCCUGUUUCUGUUAUGGCCACACCUCCGAGUGUCAAACAGCUCCUGGUUAUUCCGUAGUUUCAACAACUUCCAAUUUCAAUAAGCACAAAGAACGCUGGAGUGCUGUGGAUUUGUACACACAAGAUAUCGACAUCAAGUAUAACCAAUAUAGUCAUAGUAUUGGCACUACGGCCCAUGGCAAUGAGUAUGUGUACUUCCAAGCUCCCGAACGUUUCUUGGGUGAUCAAAGAGCUUCUUAUAAUCGUGAUUUGAAGUUCAAAUUACAAUUGGUGGGUCAGAUUGCACCCAGCACUAGUGCCAGUGAUAUUAUUCUGGAAGGUGCUGGCACUAAAAUUUCAUUGCCCAUAUUUGCCCAAGGCAAUGGUAUGCCCGAUAAUGAUGUUAAGGAAUAUACCUUCCGCCUGCAUGAACAUCGUGACUACCAAUGGCAACCUAGUCAAUCGGCCAGAGGUUUCCUUUCUAUACUCUCCAAUCUGACGGCCAUUAAGAUUCGUGGUACUUACUCUAAACAAGGAGAGGCCAUUUUGGAUGAUGUGGAAUUGCAAACGGCCCACAGAGGUGCUGCUGGUCAUCCUGCUACCUGGAUUGAGCAAUGUACUUGUCCCGAAGGUUACUUGGGUCAAUUCUGUGAGUCUUGUGCUCCUGGUUAUCGCCACAGUCCGGCCAGAGGUGGUCCAUUUAUGCCCUGCAUUCCUUGUGAUUGCAACGGUCAUGCUGAAAUUUGUGAUUCCGAAACUGGUCGUUGUAUUUGUCAACACAAUACCACCGGCGAUAAUUGUGACCAGUGUGCCAAGGGCUAUUAUGGCAAUGCUUUGGGUAGUACUCCCUAUGACUGCAAACGUUGCCCCUGUCCCAAUGAUGGUGCCUGUAUGCAAAUCAAUGGCGAUACUGUCAUCUGUACCGAGUGUCCUGUGGGUUACUUCGGAGCCCGUUGUGAACAAUGUUCAGAUGGCUUUUAUGGCGAUCCAACCGGUUUAUAUGGCGAAGUACAAACCUGCAAGUCUUGCGAUUGUAACGGCAAUGUAGAUCCUAAUGCUGUGGGUAAUUGCAACCGCACGUCCGGUGAAUGUCUCAAGUGUAUUCACAAUACAGCUGGCAAAUAUUGUGAUGAAUGUCUGCCAGGACAUUUCGGUGAUCCUCUGGCUUUACCUCAUGGCCAAUGCGAUCGUUGCAGUUGUUAUCCUCCUGGUACCGAACAAAACAAUGAUGGUAUUUCACAGUGUGACCAAGUCACUGGCCAGUGUCAUUGUAAACCAAGUGUUAUUGGCCGUGAUUGUGGGGAAUGUCAACCAGGCUAUUUCAAUAUUAUGUCUGGUAAUGGUUGUGAAAACUGUAUGUGUGAUCCUAUUGGAUCGUAUAAUUCCACCUGCGACCGUUCGACUGGCCAAUGUUUCUGUAAACCUGGUGUUGUGGGCUUGCACUGUGAUCAAUGUGAUGUGUAUCAUUAUGGCUUCUCCUCCGAAGGCUGCAAAACUUGUGAAUGUGAUGAGAGUGGUUCAAAGGGCUUCCAGUGCGACCAAAAUGGUCAGUGUCCCUGUAAUGACAAUGUGGAAGGCAGACGUUGUGAUCGUUGCAAGGAGAACAAAUACGAUCGUCAUUUGGGCUGUAUCGAUUGUCCCGAUUGCUACAAUCUUGUGCAAGAUGCCGCUAAUGAGCACAGAGCUAAAUUGAAGAACUUAAGCUCAACUUUGGAUGAAAUUGCUCGCACUCCUGUAACCAACGAUGGCGAAUUUGAGGCUAAGUUGAAGACGGUACAAGAGAAGGUUGAUAUUUUGUUGAACGAUGCCAAAUAUGGAGCUGGUGAUAGUGGCAAAACGUAUGUCGAAGUAUUAAAUGAGCUGCACAAACGUUUGGAAAGCAUUAAUAGACAUUUAGAUGGCGCUGAUACUUUGCAAGACUCCGCCAACGAUGAGAUUGAAAAGGCUAAACAUAAUCAUACUAUUGCUCAAGAUAUAAUACAGGCGGCCAAAACGGAUCUGAAAAACGCUUUGGACUUGCUGCACGAUGAAGGUGAGCAGGCUUUGGCUAAGGCUCAAAAUAAAUCAGUUGAAUUCGGUGUGCAGUCUGAUCAAAUUUCGGAUAUCUCACGCGAAGCCAGAGCUUUGGCUGACCGCUUGGAAUCGGAAGCCCAAUUUGAUUUGAAAAAUGCCAAGGAUGCUAAUGAUGCGGUAGAAAAGGCUUAUGAAUUGGCCAAGAGUGCCAUUAAUUUGCAACAGAAGGUUAGCGAUGAAUUGAGAACAGAGGUACGUUUGGAAUUGGAGACGGUUAAACAAGGUUUGGGUACUGCCACCCAAACUACCAAGGAAGCUUUGCGCAAGGCCAAUGAGGUUUAUGAUGCGGCCUUGAGUUUAUUGAAUGAUGUUUCUGGUUUGACUGUACCCGAAAUCGAUAUUAAGAAAUUCAAGGAAGAAGCUUCGCUGGCCAACAAACAAGCCGAUGAGCUGUUGCAACAAGUCAAUGAUAUUUCCAAUAGUAAUGGUGAACUUUUCGGAGACUUUGAAGAAGAAAUUAGUUUGGCUGAUAUAAUGUUAGAAAGAGCUAACCAACAAAAAUUGGAUGAUAUUGAUUUGUUGAAGAGAGCUCAAGAUGCUUUCGACAAGGCUACUAAGGCCGUAGAACAAGGUGACAAUACCUUGAAGGAGGCUAAUAACACCUAUCACACUUUGGCUGGUUUCCAAUCGGAUGUGCAAAGAUCUUCCGAAAAAGCAGAUUUGGCUUUACAAACAGUGCCCAGUAUAGAGCAAGAAAUUGAAAAGGCAGAGAAUUUAAUUAGACAAGCCGAGGAAGCUUUGGAUGGAGCCAAUAAAAAUGCCAAAGAAGCCAAAAUGAAUGCCCAGGAAGCACAACAAAAGUAUGCCGAACAAGCAUCAAAGGAUGCCGAAUUUAUACGCAAACGUGCCAAUGAGACAAAAGUCAGUGCUCGCAAAUUAAGAGACGAAGCCGAUCAAUUAAACCAUCGUGUUAAAGUCACUGAAAUCGAUAUUGGUAAACUGGAGGAAUCCUCCAGUAAAGACGACAAUUUGGUAGAUGAUGCCAAACGAAAGGUGGGUCAAGCCAAGGCCGAUACCGAAGAAGCUAAAAAACAAAUCGAUAAAGCUGUCAAUGAGCUUGAUGAUAUUAAGGAAGAAUUAAUUAAUCUUAAAGACAUUAACACAGCCGAUUUGGAUAAACUGGAAAAACGUUUGGAUGCAGUUGAAUUGGAUGUGAGUCGUGCCAAUUUAACUGGUCGCAUUGAGAAAUUCCGCGAAAUGCGCAAUAUCCAAAAGAAAACUGUAGAAAAAUACGAAAAAGAACUAAUAGAUCUGCAACAGGAAGUUCUUAAUGUUCGUCUAAUAUCGGAAGCUUUGCCUGCCAACUGUUUCUCCAGAAGUAGACUGGAACCCUAAAAGGUGUAAUGGCCAUAUCACAGACUACUACCAAUUACCACCUAUAAAAUUAAAAAAACAAACUGAAACAUCAGCAGAAAUAUCGAAUGCAAUUGUGAAAAAGCCAGAACAAACAUUUUAUUUUUAGGUUAAACAAACACAAAACAAACAAACAAACAAACAAAUAACAAAAUAUAAUAAUUCGUAUUUAGUUAAAAUCAUUAUUAAGCUUUAUUAAGAAAUAGUAACUAGAAAGAGAAGAAUAACAACAAAGUGCCUUAAGAUAAGGAAUCUGUAUAUCCUUGCAACAACUCUAAACUAACUAACUGCCUUUUCCUGUUUUAAAUGUAAUCGUCAUAUAUUCAUUGUAUGUAUUAAUUAAUUAAUUAAAGUGACAUGUGAAACGAUACUUUCUAUUCGAAUAAUAAUUAAAUUAAAUUUAAGUUUACUUUCAUGCAUUUUCUACUUUAUUUUUUGUUAAUUAAAUACACUACAAUUCUAAAUCUACAACACAUUAUUUCGAACUCGAUAUACAUAAAUACUUAGUUUCACCUGAACAAUGUGUCAUUUAUUUUUUUGUAAUGUACGUUUAUGUGCCAAUAUUUAAAUUUAAAUAAUUCGAAAAUUUCCUGAACAUUUUGCAAAUUAUGUAAUUUUAAAAGGAAAUUUCUCGUUUAAGUAUGAUAAAAGAUUUUUUUAAAAUAAAUUUUUUGAUGUAUUUUUGAAA